UAUGUACUAUUAAUAUAUUUGCACUAAAUUGACUUAGAUUAUUCUAGAGAGUUUUGUUUACUUAUUGACACCUGUGACCUAGAUUGUUCCAGACCUCAUGUUAUUUUUAGUAGAAAUAUUACGUAAUGGUUGCAUCAUUGUCUUUCAAGAUGGUACUAGAAAAUUCAUUCCUAUUAUAUAUACACUGCGAUUCUUAUGAUAAAAAAAACUCUGGUUAGACACUUUUUAUGCCUUCUGGAUUAUUAUACUGGGAACUAUGAUUUUGGAAUUACUAUUUUUGUGUGCGUGAUUCUCUUCGGAUUUAUUGUUCAACUACCGUAUGUUCAUUGAUUCUCCAGCAUUACUUCUUACCACAUUAUUGGAUACACAAAACGUCAGUGGAGAAAUAUAUCAAUCAGUCAAAAGCUUAAAGGAUCAGUGGAGAAACAGCUCAAAUAGUCAGUCGAUAGGGUUCGUGGAUACAUAGCUUAAAAGGGCUUCAAAUGAUCAGUGGAUACAUAGGAAAGGAGUCUAUAACCACAAUAAUGGAUACAUGACUUCAUUACUGGGUUUACGACCACAACACAUCAACAGAUAUACCACCAUAUCAACGGAUAUACCACCACAUCAACUGAUAUACCACCACAUCAACAGAUAUACCACCACAUCAACGGAUAUACCACCACAUCAACAGAUCUACCACUACAUCAACGGAUAUACCACCACAUCAACGGAUCUACCACCAAAUCAACAUAUCUACCACUACAUCAACGGAUAUACCACCACAUCAACGGAUCUACCACCAUAUCAACGGAUAUACCACCACAUCAACGGAUAUACCACCACAUCAACAGAUCUACCACUACAUCAACGGAUAUACCACCACAUCAAGAGAUAUACCACCAUAUCAACGGAUAUACCACCAUAUCAACGGAUAUACCACAUCAACGGAUAUACCACAUCAACGGAUAUACCACCAUAUCAACGGAUAUACCACCAUAUCAACGGAUAUACCACCACAUCAACGGAUCUACCACCACUUCAACAAAUCUACACUAUAUCAACGGACCUACUGCCACAUCUAUGAAUCUACCAAUACAUCAACAGAUCUACGAAAACAUCACGGACCUACCACCGCAUCAACUAAAGUACAUAUGUACCACCACAUCAACGGAUGUAUCACCACAUCAACGGAUUUACGACCAUAUCAACGACUCUACACCACAUCAACGGAUCUACCACCAAGUCAAUUAAUCUACACCACAUCAACGGAUCUUCUAUCAUAUCAACCAAUUUACGAUCACAAUGGAUCAACCACCACAUAAACCAAUCUGAUUAAAAUAAGAAUUUUGAUCCGCUCUGUUAUUGUUAUGUCGCUACACGAUAACGAAGCGGAUCAAAGAUGUUAUUAAAUUAGAUUGCCACAUCAACAUAUAUAUAACCAUCGAAUGGAUCUAUGAAAUCUAUCAAGGAUCACACUUUGUAAAAUAUAUUGAAAUGAAUUGAAAUUCACUAAA